AUGCUGAAACUAUAUUUCACUUCAUCAAAAUUCAAAUCAUACAUACCAGAUUGGAUUCUACUAUUAAUUUCCCUAAUACUUUUUUUUAAAUAUUUUGAAAUUUUAAAACCAUUUAAUAGACAAUUUUAUAUUAAUGAUCCAAAAUUAUUACAUCCAUUUGCAACAAUUGAAAGAGUUACUGAUAAUCAAUUAUAUAUUUAUUCAACAAUAAUUCCAAUUAUAAUUAUCAUCAUCGUCUCAAUAUAUUUACGAACUCAAAGAAAAUUUAAAUCAUUUGAAAAUAUUAAUUUUGAAUUUUUACAUUUUUUACAAGUUUCAAUAUUAGGAUUAUUAUUAAGUGUUACUUUAGUUUCUAUAAUAACUGAUAUUUUGAAAGUUUGGAUAGGUAAUCCAAGACCAGAUUUUAUAGCAAGAUGUGGUCCUAAAUCAGGUACUCCAAUAAAUACAUUAGUUGAUGUUUUAGAUGUAUGUACUGCUCCAAUUGGUGAAAUAUACUUAUUAGAUGGGAUGAAAUCUACUCCAUCUGGUCAUUCUUCAAUGAGUUUUGCAGGAUUAGGCUUUUUAUCAUUAUGGUUGUUGGAUGUAUUUAAUAAUUUAAAUUUUAUUAAUAACAGAGAUAUUGUUGAUUUUAAUAAUAAUAAUCCCAAUUCAAAUAAAAAGUCAAGUAAUUUUCAAUUGAUUUUCAAAAUUAUAUGUAUUUUACCAUUGAUUUUUGCAAGUUAUAUUGCAUUAAGUAGAACUCAAGAUUAUAGACAUCAUUUUUUUGAUAUUAUAUUUGGUGGAUUGUUAGGUUUAAUAUUAUGUUAUACUAUAUAUAAAAAGUAUUUUGGACAAAAUGGAAAUUAUACAAAAGAUAUUCAAGAGAAUAGUCAAAGUCCGUUGAGUAGUAGUAGUACUGGAAGUGAAUUUUUUGCUAAUGUAUAA